CCUCACCCCUGGCCCCGCUGGAUCAGGCGGGAAGGCUCCUCGGCGACCACCGCAGAAGGAGCCCGGCGAGCCCGGAGGGAGGCAGGCGCUAGGCCGUCGCUGAGGGCUCCGCCUCCGCCGGGCCGAGAGGGACGGGAGGAGGAGGAAGAGGAGCCGCCGCCGGGGGAACCAUGCCGGCACGCGUCCUGCCGAGAAUCGCGGCCGCCCUUGGCCCGUGAGCGGCUCCCCGCCGCCCGCCUCUCCACCAUGAAGAGCCCCAAGGAAGACGCGCACGAGUCGCCCGCAGGAUGGAUGUCAAUGUAGAGAAGAACCUUAGUUGUGCCAAAUACUGUCUUCCUGACGGUGGUGUCCUCUUUCCUGCAGUGGACAAUGUGCAGCUGGACGUGCCAAUCCUUCAGCAGCUGUACCACUGGGACUGUGGGCUGGCUUGCUCCAGGAUGGUUCUGCAGUACCUGAACCUCCUGAAUGACGACGAGUUCCAGAAAGCCAUUCAGGACCUCCAGAUGACGGAGAGCAUCUGGACCAUCGAUUUGGCCUACCUGAUGCGUCAUUUUGGGGUGAAGCAUCGUUUCUGCACACAGACCCUGGGGGUGGACAAGGGCUACAAGAACCAGUCAUUCUACAGGAAACAUUUUGACACAGAGGAGAACCGAGUCAACCAGCUGUUUGCACAAUCCAAAGCCUGUAAAGUGCUGGUAGAGAAACGCACAGUGACUGUCCGGGACAUCCAGGAUCACCUUGCCCAAGGUCAUGUGGCCAUUGUACUGGUCAAUGCCGUCCUGCUGCUCUGUGACCUCUGCUCCAACCCGGUCAAAUAUUGUUGCUUUCUCCCAACUGGCCAGAAGUGCUUCUGCAGAAGUCCUGACUACCAGGGCCACUUCGUUGUCUUGUGUGGCUACAGCAAAGCCUCAGGGAGUAUUUAUUACAACAAUCCUGCCUAUGCUGACCGAACAUGCCGAACCAGCAUCAAUAACUUUGAGGAAGCCAGAACCAGUUAUGGCACCGAUGAGGACAUCCUGUUUGUUUACAGAGACAGCUGACCUCUUGGAGCUGCCAGGGCUUCCACCUCCAUCACUGGCCAGCUUGCAGCAGCAGCAGCAGCAGCAACAGCCGCCUUGUCUCAGGGCUGCAAGAGACUUUGCUCCCAGACUGCAGCAGGACCACAAAGAAGGGAUGCUUUAGACCAGGCUCUAAACUGGUAUUAUAUUGUUUUGCUGUGAGCCACCUUGGGGUGGG